AUGUGUGACGCACAAAUGACCUGCUCUCCGGGGUCGCCGGCGGCCUCCGGCGUUGACAGAGUGAACGUCCGCCUGCAAGCCGACCAGCCCGUCGUCCCUGUUCCAGUCUACCAGGAUGUGUACAAGAGAGACAAAUACAUUGAGGUUCCCACCGUGGAACUCAACGACACGAUCAUCCCCAAGGUCUACAACCAGAGCGCCGUCCACGAGGUGCCCAAGAUGGAUAUUGCCUUCCAGGAGAAAGACAUCUCCGUGGAAUCUGAGAAAAUUAUCGACCGAGACGUCGAGGUGCCGGUUCUAGUCGGCUAUGCUCCGCAAUUCCUGCCGAAGUGGGACGUCCGCGAGGUGCCGCGCCCCGUGCCAAAGUACGAGGGUAAGCAGGAGGUCAUCGAGGUUGAGGUUCCCGAGAUCGAGUACAAGGACACGUACGUCGAGAAGGAGGUCGUUGUGGACGUCAAGGAGAAGGUUGUUCCCAAGGUCACGGAAGUAGUGAAAGAGGUCGAAGUCGUGCAGUACUCGUGGAAGCAGCAGUACCAGGACGUGCCCGUCUACAAGUACGUCCCGAAAUUCGACGUCGAACUCGACUGCCCGCCUCCCAUGAUUAUCCCCUACCCCGAGACCCGCUUCGUCAAGGACGCCCCCGACGUCGUCAAGCCUUACUGCGCGCCCUCCAUGAUGGGAACGUGCUGCCCGACGAGCUCCCCGUACCACGUGAUCCCCAGCCAGCGAGUCUUCGUCCGCGGCGUUGACGGCGUGGCGGACAUGGAGCGCCACGCGCCCAUGGUGACUGCAGGUGCAUUCCACAGCAUGUCGCCUGGCGUCCAGAUGCAGUCCGACGCGGUCCCCUCCGGCGUCCUCCCGGCCGACUUCGUCACGCAAGGCCAGCUCGUUGGCGACGCGCCCGGCUGCUCUUCUCAGGAGCAGCUCCCCUCCGCACAGUUGGCCCCCGGCCCCGUCUUCCCGAUGCCGUCGCCUCAGGUUGAAAACUCCACCACGCACUCGGCUGCCGUCUCGUCGGUCCGUGCGACCGUGACUCGGGUGCCCUCCACAGAGAAGAAGGGCUUCUGGAGCUGGCUGUUCGGCAAGAAGGAGACCCCGGAGAAGACUGAAGAGCCUAAGGGCGUCGACUACACUGCGCACUUCCAACAGCAGCACCAGCAGCAGCUCGAGCAACAGGGUCUUGCGACGGACCGAACUGACGCCCAGUCGGCGAAGGAGGACUCUGGCAGCCUCGAGCCGUCGGUGGUCUACAAGGGGGUCGUCAACAGGCCCGCGGUCUUUGGAGGCAACCUGAACCCGAUCUCCUUCAAGCUCCACGCGAUUGAGAUUCACCAGUUCAUCCCGCUGCCGAACGUGCGCGUGCCUGAGUUCGUGAAGGCGCUGCCUGACGGUCUCAUGACCACCGACGUCUCCGGUCUCGACCGCUUCUUCGGGCCGGUGCCGACCGGCUGGGCGGACCCCGACGUGACUGGCAUCCCCGCCCCGAUGAUGAGCGACAUUCUGGCUGGCAACAUCCACGCCACGACGACGAGCCCUCUGAUCAACGAGCUGUCUCAGCAAUUCGCGAAACAGGACACGUCCGCGCCGGCGCAGCCCCAGCCGCUGAACUAA